UUCUAUGUUUAAAGUUUAAAUAAUGUUGGAAACUCUGGUAUUUACGUCAGACAAAUUUAUGCGCCAUUUUUCUUAAAGUAUGUAACAAAUUUACCAUAGUACACUGUUAUAAGAACAAGCGCUCCGUAGAUUUAUAAUCUUCGAUGUAAUCUUUAAAACUGCCUUGAAAAAAAAUGCCCAAGUCGAAAAGAGAUAAGAAAAUAUCUCUCACGAAAACAGCCAAAAAAGGUCUUGUUCUGAAGCAACAAAUUGUGGAAGAUGUUAGAAAUUGUGUUGAGAAAUAUGCUACGAUAUUUCUUUUAUCCGUGCAGAAUAUGCGUAAUGAGAAACUUAAAAACAUACGAUCGGAAUGGAAAGACAGCCGGCUCUUCUUUGGUAAAAAUAAGGUGAUUGCGUUGGCUUUGGGCAGAUCACCGGAAACCGAAGUAGCAAAUGAUCUCCAUAAAUUAUCAUUAGCGUUGAAAGGACAAUGCGGUUUGUUAUUUACAAACAGGAAGAAAAAAGAAGUUUUGAACUGGAUGAAUCAAUAUGGAGAAAUAGAUUAUGCUAGAUCUGGCUUUAUUGUGCAACAAACCAUAGUGUUAAGCGAAGGACCAACCGAGUUUUCACACAGUAUAGAACCUCAUUUAAGACAAUUAGGAAUGCCUACAAUUUUACAGAAAGGUGUGGUAAUGUUGAUCAAAGAAUACACUGUGUGUAAAGAGGGUCAAAUGUUGACUCCAGAACAAGCAAGAAUUUUGAAAUAUCUGAAUAGACCAUUGGCUACUUUUAAAUUAAUACCUUUAGGUGUAUUUUCCAAGAAACGUGGAUAUAAACAACUUAUAUCUCAGGAUGAUGUUAAAGAAAAUAUAGAAGAACAAAUGGACAUAGUAGAAACAGAAGAAAUUGACAAUACAUAAAGCAUUUGUUCUUAUAUUAUAAAAAUAUACAUAAAUUUCUAUAAAUGUUUCUUUCUCUCUUUUCUUCUUACAUUUUCUUCUGUGUAGUCAAACUUUUCACCCUGUAAAUUUUGUUAAAAGAAAAAAAGAAAAGAAGAAACAUAUGAAGAUAUUAAUUAGAUCUGAUUUAAAACAGACAUAAACAUCAUUUUUAAAACAUCAAAAUUAUGAAAUUUGUUCCUUUCCAUCAAUUUUUCUUUACUUAAACCAUUUAGUAAUGACACUAUCUUUAUAUUUUUCUGUAUUUUGGAUUAUUGGAAUUAUAUGGGUAAAUAAUGAAUUAUUAUACUAACCUAUAACAUAAUGUUAAAACUCGAAAUGUGAAUUUAAAUUAUUUUUAAUUGUCUAUGUAGACUGUUUAUUACUGGUGUUCUGAAAACUUAUGCAAAAAUAAGAUGAUUUUUGAUCUAAAUUCUGAUAAUGGAAAGAACAUAAUAUCGAUUGAUUCCUCUGAUGCAUCAGAUAAUGAUGAAUCUUCAAGUUGCAAUAAAGAAAUUAAAAUAGGUAUAUAAAUUCAAAUAUUAAAUUAAGAAAAGUUUAUUAAUGGUUAUACUAUUAUGGUUAAUUGUGUUCUUUCUUUUCUUAUUUAUUUUAUUACUGAUUGUAGAUUAAAACGCAUUGGCCAAGCACUACUUCGAUAAAUGAUGUCUAAUAUUGAUCAAUUAAUAUAAUUUGGCUGUGAAAAGAAUAAACUGAUGAAAUUUAAUAAGGCUAUUAGUUUAUUAUUAUUUUACCGUUUAUUUGUUUUAAAAACUACAAGAUAUAUAAUUACUACAUAUUUAUAUUUAGUUACAGAAUACUGAACAAUGCCAAAUAAAUCACAUGGCAACUUCAAAAUUACAAAGUAUGGCACACACCACAGUAUAUGUGACACAAAAUCUAUUGAAUUUUAUAACUUGUUUAAUUGAAUUAGAACAUUACGUGAUGAUUAUAUUAAAUAUAACGAUAAAAAUAGCGUAAUAUAAAAAUAUGUGGCGACAAUAUUGAAAUAUUGUAUUCCAUAAAACAUAAAGAGAUAUUUAUGAAUUCAAUACACAUAACAAUAUCCUAUAAAAUUUCAUUCAUUUGUUUUAUAAAUAUUCAAUUAAUAUUCAUAUUAGUUACGAGGAAAAGCAUCUGAGAUCUAAUUUCGCAGCUAAAUUAUUGCUAAGAAAUGUUUUCAGUAUUUAGUAAUUUAUGCAUGUAUGUACGUUCAUUGAGUAUGAAUUAACACAUAACUUUAUAUCUAUAUUUAUCAUAAAUAGUAUGUAAUACUUUGGAGAUAUAAUUGAUAUUAUAUUUAUUAUAAAAAGCAGGUAUACACACAGACAAUAAUCAACUAAAAUAAGAUUGAUAGGAAAUUAUAAACUUAAAGAAAAUUUAAUUUUAUUUGUACUUUCUAAGAGUAAACGAGCUUAGAGCAAGUAUUAAAAUAAUACCAAAAAUUGAAUAAGUUUGAUUAUUAUCAUACUAUAAUAAUAAAAUUAUAAAAUAAUAAUAAUAAACAUAAUAACAAUAACAAUAUACAUUACUUUGAUAUCAGUUUGUGAUAACAAACUUAGGAUAGAAACCUGUAAAUACAGUAUAGAAAAAAAUAAUAUUGU